CUUCUCUGGUUCUUUCUAGACUCCAGGCUCCCAACCGACGACACUUCCGGUUUCCCUCGUCGAGCGCUCCAGAAAGUUCUUCACAGCCGCGCGGCUAUAAGAACACGCAGUCCUUCCCGGUCAGACCCACAGUACCUCGCGCUUCAGCACAAACACAUACAAAUUUUAUAAAAAGCCAUUGGCUGGAAGACGCCUCUGUCGACCAUAAAGAAAGACGAUAUUUAGCUUUGAAGCUUAAAUAAAAAGCUUAGCAACGAUGGUUCACGAAACCGGCUUCUACGAUCUCUUGGGUGUUAGCCCAAACGCGUCAGCAGACGAAAUCAAGAAAGCCUACAGAAAGCUGGCCCUGAAAUACCACCCCGACAAGAACCCGAAUGAAGGAGAAAAGUUCAAGCUCAUUUCUCAAGCAUACGAGGUGCUGUCUGACCCAAAAAAGAGAGACCUGUAUGACCAGGGAGGUGAACAGGCCAUCAAAGAGGGAGGCAUGUCAGGAGGAUCAUCUCCCAUGGACAUAUUUAACAUGUUCUUUGGAGGUGGUGGAAGAAUGCAACGAGAGAGGAAAGGGAAGAAUGUUGUUCACCAGCUUUCUGUAACACUGGAGGAGAUAUACAAUGGGUCAACAAGGAAGCUUGGACUUCAGAAGAAUGUUAUUUGUGAGAAAUGUGAUGGUUAUGGUGGUAAAAAGGGUACCCUGGAAAAAUGUGCAAACUGCAAAGGUAGAGGAGUCCAAGUCAAGGUGCAACAGAUUGGACCCGGCAUGAUUCAGCAGAUCCAAAGCAUGUGUGCAGACUGCCAGGGCCAGGGUGAGAAGUUUAGCUCCAAAGAUCGAUGCAAGAACUGCAACGGACACAAAGUAGAGCGAAAGAAGAAAAUUCUAGAAGUUCAUAUUGAUAAAGGUAUGAAAGACGGACAGAAAAUUACAUUCCAAGGUGAGGGUGACCAAGAACCUGGACUUGAGCCUGGAGAUGUUAUCAUUGUUCUGGAUCAGAAGGAGCACCCAGUUUUCCAGAGACAAGACAACGACCUGAUAAUGAAGAUGAACCUCAAACUUGUGGAAGCCUUGUGUGGAUUCAAGAAGACCAUUCAGACGUUAGACAACAGAACACUAAUCAUCAGCACACAGCCAGGAGAGGUCAUCAAGCACGACGACAUUAAAUCCAUCCAGAAUGAGGGCCUGCCAUUAUACAGGGAUCCCUAUGAAAAGGGCCAGCUCAUCGUUCAGUUCCAGGUGGAGUUCCCAGAUAAGCACUGGCUACCAGAGCAUCUAAUGUUCCAGCUGGAAAGACUUCUUCCACCAAGAGAAGAUAUAAUGAUCACAGACGACAUGGAGGAAGUGGACCUCUGUGACGUUACUGUCCAGCCACACCAGAAACAGUACAGCAGAGAGGCAUAUGAGGAAGACGAAGAAGCUCCAAGAGGUGGUGGAGUGCAGUGUCAGACGCAGUGAUUGUAGUUAACACUGUUAUUAAUGCAUGUACAGGCUUUUUAAUGUUUUUUUUAAACAUGUUUAUGUACUUUGCUUACUCCGAUUUGUAUAUUUGUGUCCCUGUUUUACACUGUAAACCAUUGCAUCAAAGCUUGGAGCAGUUGCCAAUGCCUUUUUCUUUAGUUUUUGUCUACUUGGGAUCCUGAGUGUGCACAUAAAAAUGAGUCCUGAUCCCACAGACGGUAUUAAUCUGUUCCAUUCUCUUAGAUUUGUCGUCUCAGUUGAUUUUAUUGUAAAUCAAAUUGUUCUGUUUUGACAAUUUAAAAUAUGACUUAUGCUUUCUAUGAAGGUUCAGUCAUAACAUUUUGUCAAUAAAGUUUAAAUGUUUAAGAACACCCCACCUGUUGAGUGUUUUCAGUUGCAGUAUUUUAUUUUUUUUGUUUAUCUAUUAAAAGGAUACUUAUAGACUUGUA